UCGAGGUUGAUUAUUAAGAAUUUGCCAAAGCAUCUCACGGACGAGCGGUUCCGAGAGCACUUUAGUUCUAUUGGCGAGGUUACUGAUGCAAAGUUGAUGAAAAGUUCAUUUGGUAACUCUCGUCGUUUUGGAUUUAUUGGAUAUAAGACAGAAAAGGAGGCCAAAGCAGCUCUAGCACAUUUUAACAAUACGUUUAUUGAUACUUCCAAGAUCAUUGUUGAGAAAGCAAAGGAGAUUGGCGAUGAAUCACUUCCCAGGGCAUGGAGUCAGCAUACAGUGGGUACAUCAGCCCAUGCAAGGAAAAUGGGCGCAGAACGACAAAAGAAAGAGGCUGCUGAGGCUGCAUCCAAAGCAAAUCAGGAAAAGCAAACCAAUAUGGAACUACAAAAGAAGAAGGAACAUAUUUCAAAACUUUAUCAAGCCGAGAACGAUCCUAAACUGAAAGAAUAUCUGGAAGUGAUGCAAUCGCGUGCUACGACUAAAUCAUGGGCCAACGAUGAUGCUGUUCAUGCUCAAGUGAUGGCGAUCAAGAAUAGGAAACCUGGUGGAGAAGGACUGACGGUGACUCAGACGAAGAUCACGUUUGACGAUUCGGAUGAUGAACUCUAUGACAACUUGCCACUCGUCAAGUCGGCGAACAAGGAUGAUAAGAAGGCAGAAGAAAACGAGGGAGAGGAUGUCCUUAUGUCAGAUGCAACUCCUAAAGAAGAUAGCCUUGUAAAUGAUUCAUCCAUCUCUGAUUUGGAUUGGCUCAAGUCACGUAUGGUAAAGCCGGCGCAAGAGAAAAUGGAGGAGGACGCGAAUGAGAAGAUUGCAGAUACAGGACGUCUCUUUGUUCGAAAUUUGCCCUAUACCUGUACAGAAGACGAACUUCGCAAGUUGUUUGAGAAGUUUGGACCUCUGUCAGAAAUCCAUAUGCCGAUUUCGAAGGAUACUAAGAAACCAAAGGGCUAUGCCUAUGUUCUCUAUCUGUUGCCUGAACAUGCUGUCAAGGCAUUUGCAGCCCUGGAUAAGAAAUUCUUUAUGGGACGUCUUCUUCAUAUUUUGGCCUCCAAGGAGAAACCUCAGCCCAAGGAGGAUGAAGAGAACCCUCUGGGACCUGGUGGUCGUCCCUUGUCGAUUAAGAAGCAACCUUCAAUUGCAGAUCGUCUCAAUGUCUCCAAGGCCGACAUUUUGAACGCGGAUGCGGACAAUAUGGGUGUACGUCUUGCUGUUGCAGAAACUCAGAUCAUCAUGGAGACCAAGAAGUUUUUACAGGAAGAAGGUAUCAAUGUGGAUGCCUUUGGCAAGAAAGAACGUAGUGAUACAGUUAUUUUGGUCAAGAACAUUCCUUACAAUACUACGGAGCAAGAGCUGCAAGACUUGUUUGGCACCCAUGGAGAUUUGGGAAGAGUCUUGAUGCCCCCAGCAAAAACAAUUGCGAUUGUAGAAUUCCUUCAACCUAGUGAGGCUAGGUCUGCGUUCUCACAUUUGGCUUACAGGCGAUUCAAGGAUACGAUCUUAUAUUUGGAAAAAGCACCUGUUGGCGUAUUCAAUAGCAAGUAUGAUCCCUCGAUGAAGGAUCAAAAGGCGGCCAAGAAGGCUGCGAAUGAGGAAGAGGAAGCAUUGUCAAAGAAGGUCUCGUCCACUCAACUCAUGGAUGCUACGACGACUGCAGAGGAUGCUCAGGAUGUGGAGAACCUGGAGGGCGCUACUUUGUUCAUCAAGAACAUCAACUUUAAGACUACGGAUGCAGGUCUGAAGAAAGCAUUUGCUAAUGUGGAUGGUAUCAAAUCGACUAUGAUCCGACAUAAGCCUGAUCCCAAGAAUCCAGGCAAGACAUUGAGCAUGGGUUUCGGAUUUGCAGAGUUUAUGAGCAAGGAGAAGGCUGUGAACGCAAUGAAGGCUAUGAAUGGGUUUAUUUUGGAUGGCAACAAGCUUGAGAUCAAGUUCUCGGACCGGUCUAGCACAAGCAAUAAUAGUAAGAGCCGAACUACCCCUAAGGAUCACGGUACUAAGCUCAUUGUCCGAAACAUUCCCUUUGAGGCGACCAAGAAGGACAUCCAAGGACUUUUUAACACUUUUGGUCAACUCAAGUCUGUGCGCAUUCCCAAAAAGAUGUCUGGAGGUCACCGUGGUUUUGCGUUCUUGGACUUUAUGACGAAGCAAGAAGCCAAGAACGUGUACGAGAAUGUGGCCAAUACCCAUUUGUUGGGUCGUCAUCUGGUACUCGAAUGGGCUGAGGAAGAUUCUGGCCUGGAAGUGUUGCGUGAGAAAACAGGUCGUCAGUUCAGGAAGGAUGAUGGACAUGGUAGUGGCAAGCGCAGAAAGAUUGAUCUUGAUAAUGACGACGAUGAUAUGAUGAUGGAAGACGACUAA